UCUAUCGAUCGCAAGGACUGUUCAGAUUUCUGAAUCUUCUUCUUCCUGAGGAAGUGGAGAGAUAAUCCGGCGGUAAAGCUAUCAAAAUGGACGUUUUGGCUGUAAUUGGAGUUUUGUUGCCAUUUCCAUACUAUUACUUGUUAUGGACUCGGCCACAAUUGUGGGUGAACUUGUGCGGAAAAUGGUGCGAGCCUUCCAAAUUGAUGGCUCAGGUAUCGGUUUUCCUCAAGCUGCUACAGUUCCUCUCCAUCCUCCAUGUCUCCUCCUUCUCGUGGCCGCCGCCUCUCUACUUCUGGCCUCUCAUGGCCUUCGGACAGUUCUUGAACUUCAGGGUCUACCAGUUACUCGGUGAAGCAGGUGUUUACUAUGGAGUACGAUUUGGGAAGAAUAUUCCGUGGGUAACAGAGUUCCCAUUUGGAUAUAUAAAAGAUCCUCAGUACGUGGGAAGCAUUUUGAGCCUUCUUGCUUGUCUUUCUUGGGUACCCUUGCAAUAUAUUCUGCUCUGGACAAUGGGAUACGUCUUCAUGAUGCAAGUUGAAUCCAAGGAAGAUCUCACAACUCGAGCAAAGCCUCAAAGUUAAAUUUGUGAGAGACUAAUCUUGGAACAGCCAAACAUUGGAUCAACAUGUGGUCUGUGGAGGCUGCUUCAAGCAUUCGUUAAUAACAUCCCCAAAAUCAAAGCUCUUGAAUUUUUUAAUGAAAUCCCGGGUUGAGUUAUAGAUGCUAUCCUCAACUUUAUGAUUUUGCCAUUACUUUGUAGAACUACUAGGAAUAAGAGUUUUUCCACCGACUUUGUGGAUUCUUCUUCAUUAUUAUGCCAAUUCUUCUUUUGGAAACUUGAAAUCUAGAAAAUUGUCUACGUUCUUUGUGAUUUA